AUGUCGCUCACGGCGCCCCUGCUCGCCCUUAUAAGUUUUUCUCUGUUCUUGGCACCGACGGCAGCGCAACAAGAUCCCGUGGCCAAUUUCUGUCGCCGCUUUGGACAUCAAACGGCCGUUGUUGAUGACAAGCUAUUCAUCGAUGGCGGCCUCAUCAAUUGGAACCCUCUUGCCUCCUUCCCUUCCAAUUACACAAACACAUGGCUUCUCUACCAAGACCUCUCUACAACGGCAUCUACGGGCAUGCCCCCUCUGUACGCAAACCUCUCCAAGAACGGCUCCAUUCCCAAUGUCGCUGGCGGCGCUCUUUGGUCCGACUCGGUCAAUAAGCGUCUCUACCUCUUCGGCGGCGAGCACAAUCUGGGAGAGCCUCCUUUGCCUUUCAAUCUAUAUGGCUACGACAUCCUGAAUAACCAAUGGGAUUCCUUCGGUCCGUCACGCACGGGGGCGUCGAUUUCCAAAGUGAGCUACGGUGCAGGAGUGUCAGUUGACAGUCGCGGGGAGGCAUACUACUUUGGCGGAUGGCUAAGCAACGCCUCCGUCCCCAACUGGGGUACCGGUCCGCCAGUAGCCACGACAGGAUUGGUAAAAUAUACCAUGGACACGAACAGUUUUUCCAACAACACUGGUCCUGACAACAUACGGCGCGCCGAGGGCAGCUUACAAUACAUCCCAGCGGGAGAGGGCGGAAUGUUGAUCUAUUUUGGGGGCAUCCAAGACCUGUCCGCCAACGGUACAGCUACGGGCCAGCCCAUAGACCAGAUCUUCAUCUACGACGUCCUCAGCAGCAAGUGGUAUACCCAGAAAGCUACCGGUCAGAUCCCGGAGAUGAGGCGGCGGUUUUGCGCAGGCGUGACGUGGGCAGCAGAUCAGUCAUCGUACAACAUUUACAUGUACGGCGGCGCAACUGUUCCGGGCGUCCUCGGCGGGGGCUACGACGAUCUCUACGUGCUCUCGAUCCCAACCUUCACCUGGGUGAAGAUGUACCCCCUCGGCCGCAACGGCACCGGUGACUACCCGCACCACUCGCUCACCUGUAACAUCAUCCCUGGCCGGGGCCAGAUGAUUAUCUCCGGGGGCAACUUCCCGCUCACGCAAGACUGCGACUCCCCGGGCCAGUGGGGGACCCACAACGCCGACUUGGGGAAGCAGAACCCGAACAAGAGCCUCUGGGAUCUGUACAAGCCCAACAAGACGACCUACGCCGUGCCGGACGAGGUCCUUGCGGUUGUAGGCGGUAACGGCAACGGCGGCGCGACCAAAACGACACCUGCGAACGGGUUCGAUUACACCGACGUAGCCUUACUGAUCACGCUCAAGGCCGAUGUUGCCGUCCGGACGCCGACGAGGGCUGUUAACGGGUUUAGCCCACCGGCUCCGAGUACGAGUCUGUCUACGGGUGCAAUCGUUGGCAUUGCCGUCGGUGCUGCGGUCUUGGUCAUCGCGCUGGCGGUGGGAUGCUUCCUCGUCCGCAAGCGCCGCCAGCGCGUACUCCAGAACAGGACAUCGCCGCCGGGGCCAAGUCACCUCUACCACGCCCAGAGCAUGUCAGAACCAUGGUCGGGGCCUCCAUCCCACCUCAGCCCCAUGCCAUCGCCCUACUCACCACCGUACGGCCACUCGGCUUCCUUUCCGCUGCCUCCAACAUCCCCGCACCCGAUGUCUCCGCAAACCGUGUCGCCGCACAUGAGCCCGCCGGUCGAGCUGCCUUCGCAGUCGUCGCAAACGACUCCAGCGGGCAUGAUGGGGGAUACAUCGAUUCUGACGCACAUGUCCUCCGCGUCGUCGUACCCGCCGCAGCAUGCGUACUUCGGCGAGACGACGACGCUGCUGAACCAGCCGCGGUACGAUGCCCACGGCAACAUGUGGGUGCCGCAGGUGAGCAUGGUGCAAGUCGCCCCGGGGGUGACGCCGCCGCUGCCUGAGUACACGCCGGCGAGGGGUGAUCAGAAGACGACACCGCAGCCGGUGGCAGCUGAGGUGCAACCCGCGCCGGCCCAGGAGCCGCAAGAGUUGAGCGCGGACCCGGACGACCGCGCGGAGGCGAGUACACAGCACCAGACAUAUUACAACAGGUAG